ACACUGAUUUGUCAAGUGACAGUUGGAGAAGCGGCGAAGUGUUGACAACAAAUUCGAAUAAUUUAUAUUUCAAUUUUUCUUUUAAUUUUGUAAUGAUUGGAAUCAGAAUGAACACAUUCAACGAUAGCUCGGGGGAGCCAGAACAGGACGCGAACUCCGCUUUAACCGAAUUGGACAAAGGUCUCAGAUCGGGAAAAGUCGGAGAGCAAUGCGAAGCCAUAGUGCGAUUUCCUCGUUUAUUCGAAAAAUACCCAUUUCCUAUACUAAUAAACUCAUCAUUUUUAAAACUAGCCGAUGUGUUUCGUAUGGGUAAUAAUUUCUUACGUUUAUGGGUAUUACGCGUGUGCCAACAGAGUGAGAAGCAUUUAGACAAGAUUUUAAACGUCGACGAGUUUCUUAGAAGGGUUUUCAGUGUACUACAUUCAAAUGAUCCUGUGGCGAGGGCAUUGGCGCUGAGGACUCUUGGUGCGGUGGCUGGGAUAAUACCUGAGCGGCAAAACGUGCAUCAUGCAAUCAGAAGGGGGUUGGAGAGCCAUGACAAUGUUGAGGUGGAUGCUGCAAUAUAUGCCACUACUAGAUUUGCUGCUCAUUCUAACUCCUUUGCAGUGGCAAUGUGUAAUAAGCUGUCAGAUAUGGUGGAGUGUGAGAGCACUGGUGCUGAGCGGAGGGCCAAGCUUGUGAGGGCCUUGAGGACUGUUCAUGGGGGAGCUGUUCGAGCCCAAGGAGUUUUGAAACUUCUAAGAUCUCUGCUGGAGAGGUUUCCUUCAUCAAGCUCAGUGCGGGCAGCCAUCACUGCCCUCACUGCUAUUGCUGCAGACACUGUGGUGCAUGUGCCUGAUCAGGUGGAGCUCCUCCUAAGCAUAGCAAUGAACGACGCUCGCUCUGUAGUGCGCCGCUCCGCUUUACUAGGGCUGAAGAAGUUAGCAGAACACGCAGCGCUAUGGCCCGCUGAGUGCAUUCGGGAUUUAGUAUACGCGGCCACUGCUACUAAGGAUCCUGAACAUACCAUGUUAUGCUUGCAGGUUAUGCAGAUCCUCGUUCGUUGUCCUGCCGUGUGCGCGUCGGCGGGCAGCCCCAUCGGCACCUCUCCCAGCGCGUUGCGCCAGUUCUGCAGCGACGCAGCUCUGAGCGUUGACAUGCAGCAAGCCGCCAUUGCUGCUGACGUCCUCACCAGGAUUGUGGUUCACUGUUAUGAGGAGAGUUUACCAGUGGAAGGCGCGGAUUUGAUGCUGGCACUAGAGUCGUUGGUGAUCGCUACCGGUAUACCCAACGGUCAGAACAAUAUCAAACCGUUGCGGAUCGCUUUGCGCUGCUUGGUACAACUCAGUACAGCCCAGCCGGAUCUGUACGCACAACGCACGGCGGCUGUGGUGGGGGCCCAAAUAGGAGCCGGGGAACAACGCCAAGUGGCGCUAUUGGAGGCCCUGGCCGCGCUCGGAGCCUUGGGGGCCCCUGCGUUGCCACAUUUACUACCAGCGCUGCAACAUGCAAGGGAAGCCUGCAAAGACCCGUCCUACGACGGAACCACUCUAGUGCUAAUAUGCACAGUACUGCUGCAAGAGAGAGCCGGUGCCGCUCUAACGCGCAGAAUCAACAGGUCCUGGGAGCUGAAGAUCAAGGACGCCAUCCAGGGUGCUGAUGGAUGGACCAGAUAUCGAGUUGCUAGAGCUUGCUUGAGGUACGGGCACCACAGCCUAGCAGCAGAUAUCCUUAAAAGGUUAUCUGAAGAAGCUCCCAGUGAGUCCGCCCAGCGCUGGAUCACCGCUUUGUACAGAGCUGCCGCUGCGGACUCCAAGUUGUUGGAAGACGGUAUAUCGGGCUUGGAGGAAGCGAGCGCGGGCUGGGAGUCGUUCAGCGACGGCGGGGUGAGCAGCGGGGGCAGUUGCUCGAGCGGGUGCAGUGGCUGCGCCGCGUGCUCGCCCCUCGCGCCGGCGUGGGCCGCCGCGCGCGCGCAGGCGCUCGCCGCGCUCGCCAGCACUGCGGCCGCGGCGCGCGCGCUGUGCACGCAGCCCCCGCCCGCGAUAGCGCUAGCGCACGCACAGGCGGCGCGCGACCCCGCGGCCAAGGCUGGCGCGUGCGCGGGCGCGCUGCGGCGUGCGUCGCGCGCGCUGGCGGGCGUGGCUCAGCGCUACGCGGCCAUCGCGCGCACCGCCUUCCACGCCGACCCCUCCACGCUGCGACAGCUCAGCAUUUCGCAACACACAUACGCUUCGCUAGCCCAAUUUUUGGACAGGAUAACCUCCAGCCAGCAGGAGAGACCAGAGUUGGUCACCAAAGACAUAAAGGCGACCAGUCUAGAGGAGACCAUAGCCUUGGCGCCGUCUAUAUCGCUCGCGAAGAUCUCUGUCAAGCUGUUUGACAACCCUACUACGAGCCCGGGGAUCACGCAUAGACACGCAGAAGCAGUUCUAGCGGCUGUACGCGCCUUAUCAGUAGGCACGUGUUGGCCGCGAGACGUGUGCAGUGGCGGAUGCAGCGGCGCGCUUUGCCGCGUGUCCUUGAGCCCCGCCCACCGCCCUCCGCCCGCGGACCACGCCGCCACGCUACCACUCACCCAUCGACUAGCGCUCAAGCUUGAGGGUGUCAUACUGCCGCCACCAGAAAGCAAACGCAAGCCAAAGCGUCAAGUGAAAGGUGUCCAAAUUACUGUCACCGCAACUCCUCACCCGCGCACCAACGAAAAGACGGUGGAGUUAACAAACAUACCGCCAUCACUGACCGCCGUGCAGACCGUAGCGCCGCUACGGGACUUCUUCUCCGCCCAGCAGCUAGUUAGCGUGUCCGCCCCCGGCCUGUACACGGUGGCAGUGGAGGCCGCCUUCGUGGACGAGCACGGCGAGCUGUGGCACACGGGGCCCAGGACCUCCAUCGUUAUCAAGGCUCACGAAGAUCCCAGCACCAAAGGGAACAGUCAGACGACGCGCGGGCGUUUUUAGAUAUGUAUUACGAUAUUUAUUAAUCAACGAUUACUUAUUAUUUUACAAUGUAAAUUUCCAUUAUGUAUUCGUCAAUAAAUUAUCAUAACAGUUUCAA